GAAUAUCUAGAUCUUGAUGUCCUUUUCAAAUAAAGCUUGUUGUAGUGUUCUUCCCGUGAUUUCAAAUUAUAUACCAAAAGGUUUUAUGACAAAAAUUUCUGGCCUUGAUGCAUACGUAGUUGGUAAUAAUAAAAGACGCACCUUAAUUUGUAUUUAUGAUAUUUUUGGAUAUUGGCCUCAGACAAAACAAUGUAUAGAUUUACUUAGCUCCGGACUUGAUGCAAGAAUUAUUAUGCCUGAUUUCUUCAAAGGAAACCCAUUUUUAAUUGAAAAUUUCCCUCCUGAUACACCAGAAAAAAAAAAAGAAUUAAGCAACUUCAUUUCUGGACCUGCUAAUCCAGAAAAAAAUCUGCAAGUACUUGGUUCUAUUAUUAAAGAUGUUAAACAAGAUGACGUAGAAUCUCUUGCUGUUUUUGGCUUUUGUUGGGGAGGAAAACUUUCAGUUCUUAGUGGAGGACACUUUGGAAAUGAAUUAAAAUCAGUUGCUAUGAUUCAUCCAGCAAUGGUUGAUCCUAAAGAUGCUACUAACUUAAAAGUUCCAAUAUGUAGUCUUAUAAGCAAAGAUGAACCUAUAAAUGAAUGCAAUGAAUUCGAAAAAAUCGUUAAAACAAAAUCUUUUGCAGAAACCUGUAUUUUCAAAACUUUUGACACUAUGCAUCAUGGAUUCAUGGCUGCUCGUUCGGAUUUAACAAAUAGUGAAAAUGUUAUGAAUUUUCGUGAAGGCAUUAAAAUUCUUAUUAGUUUUUUUAACAAUACAUUAUAA